UUCCUGAGAUGAAGAUCACAAUAGCACGGAACACAUCUCUAGGAAGCAGGUUAAAAUGUAAUGCAUGCUGAACAGGACCUAAUCUAUGCUGGGGUUUGUAAAGCAGCGUGUAGGCUAAAUCACCCUUUGAAGAUAGUCUAAAGGAAGACUCCGCGUCGACACUGGGACCUAAACGCCGUUGUUUAUAUGUUUUGAUUUCCGCUAUAGGUUAGCUGCUCCUUUAAGCAUCCGGUACGGUUAAUUAAGUAGAUUCUAAAUACAUGCAUCUUCCUGGCGACAUUAUUCGCACCGCAUCAAUUUUCGCCGCGAGGGAACGGAAUGGCACGAGCAGAGGACAGGACCGGUGCACAGGGAGAACGAGAACCGCUCUGAGCCCAGAGAUGUACCGUUAAAACAAGAACCAGCUGGCAUUUCUCUCUGCCUCUUUACUUAUGUAAUGUAAUAUGUCAAGCUAGCGGACCGUGUCCUUUUUCUCUCGAAACGUGUCUCUUCUCCGCUGAUAGCGCGACAACAACUGCCCUUGUCGUUGUACCGACGGGGAUGUCAACACCGCAAGAUGGUCCGCAUAGCGAGCGUCCUGGGUUUGAUGAUGUUCAGUGUCGCUCUGCUCAUACUCUCAUUGAUCAGCUACGUGUCAAUAAAAAAAGAUUUUCUCUUCAUGACACCCAAAUAUGCAAAUUCAGGUGGGCCUCGGAUGUAUCUGUUCCAUGCGGGAUUUCGCCACGGUCCAAUCCCUUCACAAGUACGAUACCAUCAGGACGUCAUGCAACCAAUUGACAUCAGGUCUCAGCUGGCUAUGAAGUACCUGGACCCGGCUUUCACCCCUCUGACCAAGGCCCUGAACGAGGGCCUGCAGGAGAACGCCUCCAAAUGGCGCUAUAACAGAACAGCGUUCACAGAACAGAGAAAAGAGAUCUCUCAUCACAUCGACAUCGCCCACAACUUCACCCUGACCCGGAGCAGCGUGCGCGUGGGUCAGCUGAUGCACUACGACUACUCCAGCCACAAGUACGUGUUCUCUAUCGGUGAGAACUUCAAGUCCCUGCUUCCCGAGGCCUCCCCCAUCGUCAACAAGCACUACAAUGUGUGUGCCGUGGUGGGGAACAGCGGCAUCCUCACAGGGAGUCGCUGCGGCCCCGAGAUCGAGAAGUUUGACUUCGUCUUCCGCUGCAACUUCGCUCCCACCGAGAUCUUCCGCCGGGACGUGGGGCGGAGGACGAACCUCACGACCUUUAACCCCAGCAUCCUGGAGAAGUACUACAACAACCUGCUGACCAUCCAAGACAGGAACAACUUCUUCCUGAGUCUGAAGAAGCUGGACAGGGCCAUACUCUGGAUCCCUGCCUUCUUCUUCCACACCUCGGCCACGGUGACCAGGACCCUGGUCGACUUCUUUGUGGAGCACAGAGGACAGCUGAAGGUUCAGCUGGCGUGGCCUGGCAACAUCAUGCAGUACGUCAACAGAUACUGGAAGACCAAGCAGCUGUCACCGAAGCGUCUGAGCACGGGGAUCCUCAUGUACACUCUGGCCUCUUCCAUGUGUGAGGAGAUCCACCUGUACGGCUUCUGGCCCUUUGGCUGGGACCCCAACACGGGCAAGGAGCUUCCCUACCACUACUACGACAAGAAGGGUACCAAGUUCACCACCAAGUGGCAGGAGUCCCACCAGCUGCCAGCAGAGUUCAAACUGCUCUAUAGGAUGCACACAGAGGGACUUAUCAAACUGACACUCUCACAUUGUGCCUAGACCUGACUGGACUGGACCAAACCAGACUGGACCGGACCGAGCUGGACCUGACUGGACUGGACCGAACCAGACUGGACCAGACUGUCCUGGACCUGACUGGACUGGACCGAACCAGACUGGACUGGACUGUCCAGGACCUGACUGGACUGGCCCGAACCAGACUGGACCAUGACCGACCUGGACUGGACCGAACCAGACCGGACCAGACUAGCAUGGACUAGAUCAGACUAAAAGUUUUCUGGUUAAGAAGGUGCUAUACAACCAGAUCACAACCAACUGGUCUCUGUUACUGUACAACCAAGUAUAAAGGUAACGUCUGUUUUAUGACAACAUCAAUAAAUAUUUUUGGUUGUUGUCUGGUUGAGAUAGACUUAUUUUCUGGUUGACUAGAAACAAGGGUUCCAGAAGGGUUCUUCGGCUGUCCCAGUAGGAUAACCUUUUUUUUGCUUCCAGGUACCUGAGUUCUACCUGCAACCAAAAAAAGGGUUCUUAAGUGAGUAUAUUUGGCGCAUGUGACAAAUAAAGUAUGAUUUGAGUUUUCCUAUGGCGACUGCUGAAGAACCCUUUGGUUAUUGAGAACACCUUUUUUUUCUGAGUGUACAACCUGACCAUGACGUCAUAAAAUAUGUCUUUGUGAUGUCAUUGCGACCAACUUUGCCCGCUGCGAUGAGUGCGUGAGAGCAAUAGGCACUAGCGCCUGUGCUAUCUGAUCCGAGAUGGCUGCCCAAGAUGGCUGCCCAAGAUGGCUGCCAUGUUGCUGCCUGCUAGUGCUAUGCUUUGAUACAGAUAAACUACAGCAGAUAUACUACAGCAGAUAUACUACAGCAGAUAUACUACAGCAGAUAAACUAAAACAGAUAAACUACAGCAGAUAAACUACAACAGAUAAACUACAAGACAGUAAUAUCAGCCUAUAUCUUUAUAACCUGAGCUCAUCAUUCUUUAUCAGAGCUGUGGUUAACUUAUGGCACAAUAGAAACAACAGAAAUAGAAACUACAGAAAUUCCUGUGUUUAUGUUAUACAUGUGCUGGUGCAAGCUGGUUAUAUUUAUACAAAAUUAUUAUGUUGAUUAUUCUGGGGGGUUUUUUCUCAGAAGAUAUCUAUCCUGAAAUAGAACUACACAGAUAUCUAUCCUGAAAUAGAACUACACAGAUAUCUAUCCUGAAAUAGAACUACACAGAUAUCUAUCCUGAAAUAGAACUAUACAGAUAUCUAUCCUGAAAUAGAACUAUACAGAUAUCUAUCCUGAAAUAGAACUACACAGAUAUCUAUCCUGAAAUAGAACUACACGGAUAUCUAUCCUGAAAUAGAACUAUACAGAUAUCAAUCCUGAAAUAGAACUACACAGAUAUCUAUCCUGAAAUAGAACUACACAGAUAUCUAUCCUGAAAUAGAACUACACAGAUAUCUAUCCUGAAAUAGAACUACACGGAUAUCUAUCCUGAAAUAGAACUAUACAGAUAUCAAUCCUGAAAUAGAACUACACAGAUAUCUAUCCUGAAAUAGAACUACACAGAUAUCUAUCCUGAAAUAGAACUACACAGAUAUCUAUCCUGAAAUAGAACUACACAGAUAUCUAUCCUGAAAUAGAACUACACAGAUAUCUAUCCUGAAAUAGAACUACACGGAUAUCUAUCCUGAAAUAGAACUAUACAGAUAUCUAUCCUGAAAUAGAACUACACUGAUAUCUAUCCUGAAAUAGAACUACACAGAUAUCUAUCCUGAAAUAGAACUAUACAGAUAUCUAUCCUGAAAUAGAACUACACUGAUAUCUAUCCUGAAAUAGAACUACACAGAUAUCUAUCCUGAAAUAGAACUACACAGAUAUCUAUCCUGAAAUAGAACUACACAGAUAUCUAUCCUGAAAUAGAACUACACAGAUAUCUAUCCUGAAAUAGAACUAUACAGAUAUCUAUCCUGAAAUAGAACUACACAGAUAUCUAUCCUGAAAUAGAACUACACAGAUAUCUAUCCUGAAAUAGAACUACACAGAUAUCUAUCCUGAAAUAGAACUACACAGAUAUCUAUCCUGAAAUAGAACUAUACAGAUAUCUAACUUCUACAACGGGGAUUCCCAUUCAAGUCAAUGGGUCUGUGAUGGGAUUUAUAUCUGUAUCCAUGCUCGUUCAAGGGCUCUGUGUAUGUAGUGUCUUGGUGGGAAGGAUUGGGAAUGUGGUCUUCUGUUUUGAGAUGGAUUGAGGAUGGGUUUUUCUGUUUUGAGAUGGAUUGAGGAUGGGUUUUUCUGUUUUGAGAUGGAUUGGGCUGGUUAAUGUGGCAUAACCAGGCUGGGAUGGUGUGGGGUGAGACGGUAAUACCACAACUGGUUCUAAUAGGAUACUGUGUACUGUUCAUUCAAAUUCUGAGUUAUUAUUAUAUACAAAUGAGACUAACUAAUUGUUGUUGAACAAACACAACUAUUUUUGUAAUCUUAACUAAUUUCAAAUAGCUAUUUUUCUCCUGGUCUUACAAAGUUUACGUGGCAUUUGUUUGUCCUUGUUGAAAGUUAACUUGCUCCUUAUCUGUGGAUGACUUAUUAAAUGAAUAAUCAGAUAUUGUAUGUAUAUUGAUAUACUUUACAUAUCUAUGAUACUUGUUUAUUUCAAUAUAUCGAUAUGUCAACCUGAAAUAAUGACAUAGAAAUUAAUGAUGUAACGAAUUAUCAAAUUUUAUUGGAGGAUAUUGGGCAGGAUGUUAUUUUCUUGUUUUGUAUUGUUGUUUCCUCGAUGCCAAUGAUGAUUUUUUUUAUUGUUUUUCUAAUUAUCACGUUACCAUUUUUAAUUAUGACAUAAUUUACUCUUUGACUUGCUUACAGAUGAAUCAAUUCUUACAGCCUUGGAAUAAUGCUGUUAAUAUUUACCAGCCUGGGAAUGUUUUCUGUUAAUACUCAAAGCUCCUGCAAAGCCACAGCAAAUAGCACAUAGCUACAACACAUUUGAUAUAUCCUGAGAAACAUAGAGGCAUUUACAUAUUUUUUUUUAAACUUUAUUUAAACUAGGCAAGUCAGUUAAGAACGAAUUCUUAUUUACAAUGACGGCCUACCGGGGGACAGUGGGUUAAACUGCCUUGUUCGGGGGGCAGAACGACAGAUUUUUACCUUGUCAGCUCGGGGAUUUGAUCUAGCAAACCUUUCGGUUACUAGCCCAACGCUUUAACCACUAGGCUAACUUAAGGAGGAAUCGUUGAAGAAUUGUAAUUUUAUAAGGAAAAUUGCUAGCAUCAUCUAUAAAUUGGAUGUAUGUCAACAACAUGGUUACUGUAAUGUCAUCUUAUUGUACACCAAAGACUACAGAGAUUAGAUUUAUUGCAAAACAGCCUUAUUAGCAAGCUAAUAGAAACUCCGUCAGAGCAGCUUGGGAACUCUUAUAUAGCUACAAUGCUACAAUGUAGCUACAAAAUAAUUUUAUAUUUGAACCAAGAACAAGAGUCAUAGCCUCUGAAAUGAAUGAAAAAUAAUUAUUAUGUAAAGUAUUUCAAGUAUAAUUAAGUAUAAUAAAAGUAUUAUUA